AUGCCCACAAGGUUGUUGACGAUGCCUUUGGGUGUCUGGGUGACGCCUAUGGCACAGAAGCUACUACUAAUAUGGGUUGGAACAGGAGUGAGCCAGGCGACAGGGUACCGGGUGUGGCUCCUAGGAGGCGCCAAAAGGAUGUUGGGCAGCCAUGGGUUUGGCAUGGGUGACCCCUAUGUUGCCUUUAUAGACUCAAGUGACACCAACAGUGGAGGGGCCAAUAGCCUAGGCGGGAAACUAAGCAGGAUGGGCAGCUCUCUAGAGGAUAUAGAGGAGUUGGGUAGACCUAGUAGGCUACUGGGCGACGCCAACAUGCUGUGGGCGGGUGCCAACAGGUUGUUGGGCAAGUGCAUGCUUGCUAUUGGGCAAUGCUUUGCAGGAGCCAGGCUAGGUGCUAGCUGGGUUAUGCCUUGUAGGGGCAGGUGUCAGGCUGGGCACUGGUUGUUGGAGUUGGUGCUGUGUGUUGGCUUGGAGUAG